AAGACAGACGUCAAAGUUUAUUGUCAAAAGGUGAUAAAAAUUGUUAACAAAUAGCGUAAAUAACUAACAUACGACGCAAAUGAAAUGAUUUUUUAUAAAAUUAUAAACAAAGAUGGACAAAUAUGCAGUUGAUUUAGACCAAGUCCUGAACGAUUUCGAGUACAGUGAAUUAACCGAUCAACACAACAAUGCCUCUAGAAACGUAUCAGCAGCCGCCCCUUCUGUGGGCCAGAACACCGUCACCAAGCACUCCAUCAAUAACGUAUUCCACAGCCUAAACGAGUACUUGAACACCAAUAUAAAAGCGAAUAAUGUUAAUCAGAUUGACAAUAAUGUAUCGUUAGAGAAUAAGGGAAACUACGUUAGCGAUGCGAACGUUGUCAACGAAAACCUCAAUAAGCUUAAAGAUGAGGAAAAGUCAAUUAAGGAUUGCAACUCGAAGACUGACACUUUGCUACUUGAUUUAAACGAGAAAACAAACGAAGAUAAUAAUGUAAGUGAGAGUGAGGUUAAGGGCUUACUACUUGAUUUAAAAGAGGAAACAAAUGAAGAUAAUAAUGUAAAUGUACAUGAAAGCGUGGUUAGGGUCUUACAGGAAGUUAAAAGUGAUGUGGUGGACGUUAAAGAUAAUGGAGAAAUAAGCUUUGAAGAAAAUUGUACUACUACUGAUGAAGAAGUGAAAAAUAAGGAACCAGAAGAGACUGAAGUGUAUAUAAAUGGGAACUGUGAUGAACGCAUUUCAGAGGAAGCGGAAGAGCCUCCUGUAGAAGAAGUUAAGUUAAAGGAAGAUGUUGUAGUCAAAGAUAAUGUUGAAGUAAGUGAAGAUGCAUGUGUUAAUAACGAUAAUUCAACUAUAAAAAUCGAGAGUACGGUGGAAAAGAUCGGUUUUGAUGAAGAUCUGGACAUGGACGAUAGUGAGGUUAUGAAAUUAUUAGAGGAGCUGGAUGAUGAAGAAUUACAAUCGGAAAAAGAAUUAAAAUCUCAUACGAUCACAGAUCUGCCUGAAAACGUUCACUGUGAAGGUACGAGUAGGGACGUUAGUGAAAUAGAAGAUAAGCAGCACGAAGGAGCCACAACCGUCGCAGAUUUGAAUCAGAGCGUUGAUUCGGGUACGGAACAAUCCGUCCAAGAAAAUGUAGUAACAAACGAAGAGACCGCAAACAAAGAAACGGUCGGUGAAUGCGAGGAGGUUUUGAAUGUACCGGCGACGUCAGAAACGGAGAUAACCGCUAUGGUGGAGGAUACAGAAAAAGUUGUUUCCGAAGAGGUACCGGCGGACGAUAUUACGGAGACUCAGUCGAAUAUGGAGGCCCCGGUGAGCGAAAAAAAGAACAUCAAGAUGCAACCUUUGGAAGGAAAUUUAGGAGAGAAAGUGACGGGCGAAGAACACGAGGCGGAAGAAGAAAGUUCCGUGGAUUCCGUGUCGAGACCGCAGAAUUUGCCGUUGAACGGAGAGGGUGAUCAACCAAAAAGAAAGAUCGAUCUGAUCGGCGAUCCAGGAUCUACACCGUACAACAACGUGUACAUCAACAAAGAAAUACCUAAAAGCAAAGCAAAAGGUUACGACAGCGACACCGAUUACUCCACUUCUUCGUCUCCAACAUUUUCCGACGCCAGCAGCACCACUUCGACGGUUUCCGUCGACGACGUUCAAAACAGUCCGCAGAACAACGCUUAUAACGAAUCGAAGGAUGCCGCUCCCCAAAUUUCUACCGAAGACGUAGUCGAGGCUCCUAAAACUACAAAUCCGUCUCAAAACGAAGCUUCCGCGGCUUCGGAAAGUCGAGACCCCUCAGAUCCCACUCCUGAUAUUGCCGGCGCCACUUCUGAUCUUCCCGCUCCCGAAGAAACGGUCGUUGUAGAGGUAGCACCGUGCGAGGAGGCGGAUAAUGUUACAAAGGAGGUUUCCGCGAAUGACGCUUCAGGUUCUGAGGAGGUAUCGGAGGCUGCCGCUUCGCAGGUCGAAAAUUUUGGCGAUGUUAGCGCGAGCGCGAUAAACUUGGAGAAGCAGUGGCUGGGGAAGGAGGCGCCUUUGUGGGUGCCAGAUUCCGACGCUAUGAGUUGUUUGCACUGCGACAUGAAGUUUACCGUUUUGAAGAGGAGGCACCACUGCAGGGCGUGCGGGCUGGUACUGUGUGCCAAGUGCUGCCACCUGCGGUUCAGGCUGGAAUACCUGGAUGCUGAGGCGAGGGUGUGCAACAAAUGCCACGACAUCCUCAACAAGGACACGAACAGCACCUCCAGCUCGGACAUGUCCCCGGACGUCGGCAAUUCCCCCUCGCACCGGCCCAACCCCAACAACCCGUUGGAGUACUGCUCGACGGUGUCGCCCCUGCAACAGGAGGCGGGGGCGAACCCGAACCCGCCCGCCGUCAUGGUGCCUGUUGGGGUGUUGAAGAGGAAAGGUUCCAACAAGGGCAAGUCCAACAAGAGCGUGAUGUUCUGCGACGGGAUCAGGCCCGGCAGCGACCUAACCAACCUGGAUAACGACUUCAACUACAACAACAUGAAAACAAGGAAACCCGAGAAGACGGGCGCGUCGCCCGGCAAAGCGAAAAGGAAUCUGCCGGUAGUGGACCCGGAAACCGGCACGUUCAUCCCCAGCAACGAGAACUGUCUGCCGCCGACAGUUAUCGUCUCGAAAACAGAUAUAUCGUAUAGCGAUUGCCCGAACGGCCCCUCCACGGUGGAGAUCCUGAAGAACGAACAGCUCACGUUCGCGCUACAGGUCAACCUGUACGUCCACUUGAAGAUCGUCAACAUGAGCUGUUGCAUCAACAAGACCGCGUGGUGCUUCUCCACGGAGGGUAUGAUAAACGUCGGGCAGGACGAAAUAGUGAUCCUGCUCGAGUAUAUCGACGAGGAGUCGUUCGUGCCCAAGGACGUGUUUUACCACAUCAACAAUGUACACAACGAUGCCGUUAAAGGUACUUCGGUGAAAGAGUUGGGACUGUCGUUGCACAACACGUCCAACUUCCUCGAUUCGAAGAACCACGCCGGUUUCGUCUACAUCAAGCCAACGUUUCAGUGCCUGGAGAACAUCAUCAGGCCCAAGGAGCCGUACCUCAUCGGCAUCCUCAUCCACCGGUGGGAGACCCCGUGGGCAAAGUUGUUCCCGUUGAGGCUUGUACUGAGGCUGGGGGCGGAGUAUAGGUACUACCCGAGUCCCAUCAUAUCUACCAGGCACAGGGAAAGUGUCUUCGUGGAGAUAGGGCACACGAUUAUUAAUUUGCUGGCGGAUUUUAGGAAUUUCUCUUACACGCUGCCGCAGAUCAGGGGGCUCACCAUCCACAUGGAGGAUAAGAAUACCACUAUUACUAUACCGGCGAAUCGAUAUGACCAGGUUAUGAAAUCGAUGAGCAAUUCCAGCGACCACAUCCUGGCGUUCGCUGGCAACUUCAGCCAGCAGGCCGACUCGCACCUGGUGUGCAUCCAGGACACCCAGGGCAACGAGAACUGCUACUCCACCCACGCCAUCAACAUCCACAACCAACCGAGAAAGAUUACCGGGGCGAGCUUCAUCGUGUUCAACGGAGCUUUGAAAUCGACCAGCGGCCUGACGGCCAAGUCCAACAUCGUGGAGGACGGACUGAUGAUCCAGGUGCUGCCCGAGCACAUGCAGCUCAUCAGGGAUAACCUGAGGGCGAUGAAAGACCACACGAUAUCGUGCGGAUGCGUCAACGCUGUGUCGGACGAGACGGUUAACAUCAUGUGGGGCGAGAACGACGUCAAUUUUAACAUAGGGGUCGUGUCGGCCAUCGACAACACCCCUCUGAGCGGAAUACCCUCGAUAAGAGUCCACAACGCCAAGAACCACAUCUGCGCCAACGGCAGCAGGAUCAUCAGGUGGACCGAGGUGUUCAUCAUACAGAACGGCGACGACAGUCCCAAGAACCAGGACUCCGUCGACAUAUCCAGGGUGUCGGAGAACAUAGCCAAGGCGACGUGCGACGCAUUGGUCAAGUACCUCGACCUGCUCGUCGCCAACAGCUGUCAGAAGGUCGGGAUCAGGACGACCUUGCACGUGGAUAAUGUUUCGUAUCUAGCGGGGAGCAACGGCGCGAAGCUGCCCCCGAUCUACAUGAAGAGCCUGGACAACGAGCUCAUCCCCGUGUUGCACAGGAUAACCACGAAUAACCUGGGCGAACACUCCAUCGUUCUCGAGCUCGUCUUCCGGAUUUUGAAUUUGUAGGGGCGGGGGGUAGUUUUUUCUUUCCUAUCGGUCUCCGACCACGUCUGCUACCAACUAACGUUUCGAUAGGUGAUUUAUUUAAAAGUCUAGGUAUACAGGGUGGUCGUAAAUUGUCUGCCGGCACUUUUAUAAGGUACGUCGAAAAACGAGGUUAUCGUAUCGGGAGACGAUUUUUUGCCACCCCGCGUUGUAGCAUCACUUAGUGCGGUUAAGAGUAAACCUGCUGAUUAUGUUUUAUUGAAAUUCUUCUAGUUCUUUCGCUGUGUUAAUUUAAAAAGUGUUUAAUAUUAUUUGUAGCGAUCUUAUGUUUCAAAGCAAGGGUCUAGGACCUUUUUAAUUUGUUUUGUUCCUUCGGUCGUUUUUUAUUUUUUUAUCGGCAAACUAAAAAACUGUAUAUUUCUUGUUGAUUGUUGAAAAUAUUGUACAUUGUAAUUAUGGAUAUUUAAAUAUAUGUUUUAACCUUC